CACCAACCCCAGAUCAGCCGCCUGCUUAAAGACAAAUGUAACAUAAUGAACAUGAAUUAGCCUGCUUUCAUUUAACUCGAUUCUUCGUCCACAAACAAACAAAGAUAGGGAAGGAGAAAUGAAUAAGCAGACUAGAGUGUAAGCCCUUAAGCUUCUGCUACAGCAUUGGGCUCUGCUUCUCCUUCCAUCGAUUUGUAGUUCUCGCAGCUCAUUUACAUCCUCAUACUCUGCGUAUGACAUGGUAGAGGACGAUGAAGCAGCAUGAUGUUCCUCCUCCGCGUCGGAAGAGUUGCAGUGCCUGCGUGAAGGCGAAACGACGCUGCGAUAUGCUUUUGCCUCAAUGUACUCGCUGCUUUCAGAAGAAGGCCAAUUGCGUCUACAACGGACAGGCACCUCGAGACCGGCGACCUGCUUCAAUGUCUGCAACAACAGCAACAACAACCGCUGUCGUCAUCGCAUCAAGCGCAAGCGCAAGCUGUGCCGCUGUACCAUUUUCGAUCAACCGGCUGACUGACCCGCUGCCGGUCACCCUUGAGGUUCCGGAUCUCGACUUUCACGCUGCAACUUUUGAAUUGCAUGACAGCGACAACGCCGAUUUUGGGUUUUCGAGCUUUGUACCUUGCUUGCCAGUCCCACCUUGUCCAGCCAGCUUUCCGGCUCAGCACUCGAUGCGACUGGACGAUAGGUCGAUACAGAUCUACACGCACGACGACUACAGCCAUGUCGAGGAUAUUUGUGACGAGUUCAACGUCGGUCAGCUCAACGACGACACGAGUCGCAUCGCGUGUGCCGUCGCCGCCAUCCGUAACUGGCAUCGUUGCAUGGCCUUCUCGUGCAGCACCCCGUUCCUGCACCGGAAGCUUUAUUCUCACGACCGGCCAAACCUGAUCAGCGACGUGUUUGCGAGCUGCCUCAUGUACGCGACCAAAACGGCGCAGACCGAAGACGUGGUCGUGCCGCUGAUCGAAAAUAAGGCCUGCGCCCUCAUCAUUGAGUACUCGCGGCACCAGGUCUCACCCACGCUGUCGCUCGCUCGCGUCCAGGCCCUUCUGCUGUAUCUGUCCAUUCGCGAAGCGCACUACGUCGAGCGUGACCUGCCCAUCCUCGAGACCUGGCUCGCCUCUCUCGCGAGCCUGCGUGACCAGUCUCUGCAAGUUAGUCUCGACUCCUUCACUCCGAGCUGCCCUGCUGAUUGGAGCAGCUGGAUCUUCUGGGAGUGCGUGUCAAGGACCAUUCUGGCCGCCUCGUUCUUUAUCAAUGUGCAUUGCUUGAUCGCGAGGGGCCAGCACCCGCUCGGAGAAUGGACCAGGCCGCACAUCUGGACAGCGUCCAAGCGUCUAUGGAACGCGGACACGUCGCAAGGCUUUUUCGACACAUGGCGGCUGAAGAAGCCUAUUGCAGUGUGCAACAUCUUCAUAAAAGAUUUAUUGGAGAAUGGAGAUGGCGACGAAGUUGAUGCUUUUACCUCCAUGCUUCUGGUUCCCUGUCUUGGCCUGACAAACACGAAGCAAUGGAUUAAUAACACAAGAGGACGGACUGUGGAGGAUCUUGACGGCUCGGCUUCGGAUAUGCCGUCAGCAUGACUUUGCCAUGAUUUGCGCUGGAUCAAAUCUGAAGCAUAACAGACUUAGCUUGGCGUUUUAGAAAUUGAUAACACCUGCUUUUUAGGAGCUAAUUUAUCUAGAUCGAAAUUGUCCUAUCUCUUUAUCUUCGCG